AUGAAGGCAAAUUACAAGUUCUCCAACAUCUGCGGGACAGUUUACCAGCAAGGGAACAUUCUUUUUACUCCCGAUGGCAACACGCUGCUGAGUCCUGUCGGGAAUCGAGUAUCAGUGUUUGAUUUGGUGAACAAUAAAUCCCGAACACUACCAGUCGAGAAUCGUAAGAAUAUCGCUGCAAUUGCCCUCAGUCCAGAUGGCAACGUUUUGGUGUCUGUCGAUGAAGAUGGCAGAGCGUUGCUCGUAAAUUUCAAAAGAGGCGUGGUUUUGCAUCAUUUCAACUUCCAAAAACUGGUCCAGGAUAUACAAUUUUCACAUGAUGGAAAGUUCAUCGCAGUGACCCAUGAUUCUCAUGUGCAAGUUUGGCGCACGCCAAAUCACCUAGUCCGAGAGUUUGCACCAUUUGUACUUCACCGCACAUACACGGGGCAUCAUGCCGACGUGUCCAGUAUUCGAUGGUCACCGGACUCAACCUGCUUCAUUACGACAUCGCACGACAUGACUGCCCGAUUAUUCACCCUCGAUCCCUUGGAAGGGUUUCGACCAAAAACAUUUGCUGGCCAUAAAGACGCUGUAAUCGGGGCAUACUUCUCUGCCAAUGGCAAAUUCAUAUACACUGUCAGUCGUGAUGGUGCUGUUUUCACAUGGACAGCCAAAGACGAGCCAGACGACACGGAGGCACCGCAGCUUGUUUCUUCAGCUUUCGCACAUUCAAUACCUCGGAUAAGGUGGGGUGUACAUGACCGCCACUAUUUUAAUCUCCCACACACGAAAGUUGUCUGUACCACCUUCCACCCAUCUUCCAACCUCCUGGUUGUCGGAUUCUCUAGUGGUGUGUUUGGACUUUGGGAGCUUCCGUCAUUCACAAAUAUCCACACUCUGAGCAUCUCGCAGGAGAAGAUCUCAUCUGUUGCAAUAUCUCCAACCGGAGAGUGGCUUGCCUUCGGCGCGCGUAGGCUUGGUCAGCUCCUUGUCUGGGAAUGGCAAUCAGAGUCCUACAUCCUCAAACAACAGGGACACUAUUUCGAUAUGAACACGCUAGCUUACGCUCCAGAUGGGCAGACCAUCGCCACAGGGGGUGAUGAUAGCAAACUCAAGGUCUGGUCCGUACAAAAUGGCUUCUGCUUCGUAACCUUCUCAGAGCAUACCGCACCCAUAAUGGGCAUCACAUUCGCGAAGCACGGCUCCGUUCUCUUCUCCGCUUCUCUUGAUGGCACCGUUCGUGCAUUCGACCUAGUCCGGUACCGCAAUUUCCGGACUUUCACCUCCCCUUCUCCUGUUCAGUUCUCUUCCAUAGCAGUCGAUCCAUCAGGAGAAGUUGUUGCUGCGGGCUCAACGAACACAUUUGAAGUCUUUAUGUGGUCAGUCCAGACUGGGAAGCUCCUCGACAUCCUCGCUGGCCAUGAAGCACCCGUAUCUGCGCUUGCCUUCUCGCCAACGGGUGCCAAUCAACUGGCGAGUGGUUCCUGGGACCGCACCAUUCGUAUUUGGAGCAUUUUUGGCAGAUCACGCGCUGUGGAACCUCUUGCGCUCUCCUCCGAUGUUCUCUCGAUUGCAUUCCGACCGGAUGGCGUGGAGCUAGGAGCGUCGACGCUUGAUGGCCAGAUCACAUUCUUUGAUGUGCGAUCAGGAAAGCAGUCAAAUGUCAUUGAUGGCCGCAAAGAUGUUUCUGGAGGACGAAAAGCGGACGAUCGAGCGUUCACGAGUCUUGCAUAUACUGCAGAUGGGUCAUGUGUGCUUGCCGGUGGAAAUAGCAAGUACGUUUGUCUAUAUGACGUACGUGAAGGAGAGGGAGUGCUCGUGAAGAAGUUUCAGAUUUCAGAAAAUCUCUCGCUGGAUGGCACCCAGGAGUUUCUAGACAGUCGCAAGGUUAACGAUGCGGGCGCAUCGAGAGGAGCGGGCGACAUGUCCAUACGAAAGCACCGCCAAGAAGCGCGCACUAAAUGCGUACGCUUCUCACCAACAGGGCGUGCUUGGGCAGCCGCAAGCACCGAAGGCCUCUUGAUCUACUCUCUAGACGACACUGUCAUGUUUGACCCUUUUGACCUCACGAUGGAUCUCACUCCGGAAGCUGUACUCAAUAUCCUCGCAGAGGGCGAAUACCUGAAGGCGCUUGUUCUUGCAUUCCGCUUGAACGAGAAACCCAUUAUACAACAAGUUUACGAGCGCAUUCCCCGCAGUGACAUACGCCUUGUUGCACGACAGAUGCCUAAUCAUCUAGAGAAGAGCCCUCAUCUCGAGUUCGACCUCAUUUGGGUGCAGACUGUGAUUACAGCACAUGGUCGCUUCCUGAGAGAUCACAGCGGUGAAUAUGCACCUGUAUUGCGAGCAGCCCAGAAGGCAUUAGGUGACGUAGAGGGGUCGAUAUCAAGGCUAUGUGACGAAAAUACGUCAACGUUGCAGUACCUCAUUGACCAGUCGGUGGUCAAGCAUGGACUAGAUGCAUCAAACUCUUUGGAUGAUUAA